ACUGGCCGCCUGCCUCUGCCGGCCAGGCCUGCACCACCCCAGACCCUAUAAGGCCUGGGAGCUGAGAGCAGAGCCAGAUGCCAGCUGUGCUUCCCGUCACUCCAGGGGACCCUCACACGGUCCAGCUGCUUAGAGGAUUACCAUGUCUGCUCAAGAUGAAGGAGGCCGGGAUCCCCCCAAACCCAAGGGCAAGACCCUGGGCAGCUUCUUUGGGUCCCUGCCUGGCUUCAGUUCUGCCCGGAACCUGGCGGCCCACGCCCACAGCUCAGCGAGAGAGGCCCGGCCGGUCGCCCAUCCCGCAGGUGCUCCAGCCGCCAAGACUGCCCAGCCCCAGGCUCAGGUGGCCACCGACCCGGAGCAGACGACCAGGGGCAUUGAGAAGACGCUGCCGCUUUCAGACAGGGUCAUCUCCGGGACAAACGACUUAGUGUGGUCCAAGAUGACCAGGACCAAGGAUGCCUUCUCGUCUGGGAUGGCCAACGUCGUGGACACAGCUAAAGGCGUGGUCCAAGGAGGCCUGGGCAUGACCCAGUCCACGCUCACAGGCACCAAGGAUGCAGUGUCCACUGGGCUCACUGGGGCAGUGAACAUGGCCAAGGGCACUGUCCAGAUGGGCAUGGACACCACCAAGACCGUCCUAACAGGCACCAAAGAUGCAGUGUCCACUGGGUUCACUGGAGCAAUGGGUGUGGCCAAGGGGGCGGUCCAGACAGGCGUGGACACCACCAAGACUGUCCUAACAGGCACCAAAGAUGCAGUGUCCACUGGCCUCACUGGGGCAGUGAACAUGGCCAAGGGCACCGUCCAGACUGGCAUGGACACCACCAAGACUGUCCUAACAGGCACCAAAGAUGCAGUGUCCACUGGCCUCACUGGAGCAAUGGGUGUUGCCAAAGGGGCCGUCCAGAUGGGUGUGGACACCACCAAGACUGUCCUGACAGGCACCAAAGAUGCAGUGUCCACAGGGCUCACUGGGUCAGUGAACAUGGCCAAGGGCACUGUCCAGUCUGGCAUGGACACCACCAAGAUUGUCCUGACAGGCACCAAAGAUGCAGUGUCCACUGGGCUUACUGGGGCAGUGAACAUGGCCAAGGGCACUGUCCAGACUGGCAUGGACACCACCAAGACUGUCCUGACAGGCACCAAAGAUGCAGUGUCCACUGGGCUCACUGGGGCAGUGAACAUGGCCAAGGGCACCGUCCAGACUGGCAUGGACACCACCAAGACUGUCUUCACAGGCACCAAAGAUGCAGUGUCCACUGGGCUUACUGGGGCAGUGAACAUGGCCAAGGGCACCGUCCAGACUGGCGUGGACACCACCAAGACCGUCCUAACAGGCACCAAAGAUGCAGUGUCCACUGGGCUUACUGGGGCAGUGAACAUGGCCAAGGGCACUGUCCAGACUGGCGUGGACACCACCAAGACCGUCCUAACAGGCACCAAAGAUGCAGUGUCCACUGGGCUUACUGGGGCAGUGAACAUGGCCAAGGGCACUGUCCAGACUGGCAUGGACACCACCAAGACCGUCCUAACAGGCACCAAAGAGGCAGUGUCCACUGGGCUCACUGGAGCAAUGGGUGUGGCCAAAGGGGCCGUCCAGAUGAGCGUGGACACCACCAAGACUGUCCUAACAGGCACCAAAGAUGCAGUGUCCACUGGCCUCACUGGAGCAAUGGGUGUGGCCAAGGGGGCCGUCCAGACGGGCAUGGACACCACCAAGACUGUCCUCACAGGCACCAAAGAUACAGUGUCCAUUGGGCUCACUGGGGCAGUGAACAUGGCCAAGGGCACCGUCCAGACUGGCAUGGACACCACCAAGACUGUCCUAACAGGCACCAAAGAUGCAGUGUCCACUGGCCUCACUGGAGCAAUGGGUGUGGCCAAGGGAGCCGUGCAGACGGGCAUGGACACCACCAAGACUGUCCUGACAGCCACCAAAGAUGCAGUAUCCACUGGGCUCACUGGAUCAGUGAACUUGGCCAAGGGCACCGUCCAGACUGGCGUGGACACCACCAUGACCGUCCUGACUGGCACCAAAGAUGCAAUGUCCACUGGGUUCACUGGAGCAAUGGGUGUGGCCAAGGGGGCCGUCCAGACCGGCGUGGACACCACCAAGACCGUCCUGACUGGCACCAAAGAUGCAGUGUCCACUGGGUUCACUGGAGCAAUGGGUGUGGCCAAGGGGGCCGUCCAGACCGGCGUGGACACCAGCAAAUCUGUCCUGACUGGAACCAAAGAUGCAGUGUCCACUGCGUACACUGGAGCAAUGGGUGUGGCCAAGGGAGCCGUCCAGACCGGCGUGGACACCAGCAAAUCUGUCCUGACUGGAACCAAAGAUGCAGUGUCCACUGCGUACACUGGAGCAAUGGGUGUGGCCAAGGGAGCCGUCCAGACCGGCGUGGACACCAGCAAGUCUGUCCUGACUGGAACCAAAGAUGCAGUGUCCACUGCGUACACUGGAGCAAUGGGUGUGGCCAAGGGAGCCGUCCAGACCGGCGUGGACACCAGCAAGUCUGUCCUGACUGGAACCAAAGAUGCAGUGUCCACUGCGUACACUGGAGCAAUGGGUGUGGCCAAGGGAGCCGUCCAGACCGGCGUGGACACCAGCAAGUCUGUCCUGACUGGAACCAAAGAUGCAGUGUCCACUGCGUACACUGGAGCAAUGGGUGUGGCCAAGGGAGCCGUCCAGACCGGCGUGGACACCAGCAAGUCUGUCCUGACUGGAACCAAAGAUGCAGUGUCCACUGCGUACACUGGAGCAAUGGGUGUGGCCAAGGGAGCCGUCCAGACCGGCGUGGACACCAGCAAGUCUGUCCUGACUGGAACCAAAGAUGCAGUGUCCACUGCGUACACUGGAGCAAUGGGUGUGGCCAAGGGAGCCGUCCAGACCGGCGUGGACACCAGCAAGUCUGUCCUGACUGGAACCAAAGAUGCAGUGUCCACUGCGUACACUGGAGCAAUGGGUGUGGCCAAGGGAGCCGUCCAGACCGGCGUGGACACCAGCAAAUCUGUCCUGACUGGAACCAAAGAUGCAAUGUCUACUGCGUACACUGGAGCAAUGGGUGUGGCCAAGGGAGCUGUCCAGACUGGCGUGGACACCACCAAGACCGUCCUGACUGGCACCAAAGAUGCAGUGUCCGCUGGGUUCACUGGAGCAAUGGGUGUGGCCAAGGGAGCCGUCCAGACCGGCAUGGACACCAGCAAGUCUGUCCUGACUGGAACCAAAGAUGCAGUGUCCACUGGCCUCACUGGAGCAAUGGGUGUGGCCAAGGGAGCCGUCCAGACCGGCGUGGACACCACCAAGACCGUCCUGACUGGCACCAAAGAUGCAGUGUCCACUGGGUUCACUGGAGCAAUGGGUGUGGCCAAGGGAGCCGUCCAGACUGGCGUGGACACCACCAAAUCUGUCCUGACUGGAACCAGAGAUGUAGUGUCCACUGGGUUCACUGGAGCAAUGGGUGUGGCCAAGGGAGCCGUCCAGACCGGCGUGGACACCAGCAAGACCGUCCUCACUGGCACCAAAGAUGCAGUGUCUACUGGGCUCACUGGAGCAAUGGGUGUGGCCAAAGGAGCCGUCCAGACUGGUGUGGACACCACCAAGACCGUCCUGACUGGCACCAAAGAUGCAGUGUCCACUGGGUUUACUGGAGCAAUGGGUGUGGCCAAGGGAGCCGUCCAGACCGGCAUGGACACCACCAAAUCUGUCCUGACUGGUACCAAAGAUGCAGUGUCCACUGGGCUCACUGGGGCAGUGAACAUGGCCAAGGGAACUGUCCAAACUGGCAUGGACACCACCAAGACCGUCCUCACUGGCACCAAAGAUGCAGUGUCCACUGGGCUCACUGGGGCAGUGAACAUGGCCAAGGGGGCCAUCCAGACCGGCAUGGACACCACCAAGACCGUCCUGACAGGCACCAAAGAUGCAGUGUCCACAGGGCUCACUGGGGCAGUGAAUGCGGCUACAGGGGCUGUGCAAACUGGGCUGAAUACAACCCCAAAUGUUUCAGCUGUCACAAGGAACACCGUCUCCAGUGGCAUGGCUAGUGCCAUGGGUGUGGCCAAUGCUGCUGCCCAGUGGGGUCUGGACACCUCGAAGGCUGUCCUCACAGGCACCAAAGACGCCGUGUCCACUGGGCUCACCAGGGUAGGGAACGUGGCCCGAGGAGGCGUGCAGACUGAUUUCAGAACCAUCCAGAACUGGUUACCUGGUUCCCAGGAUGCUGCCUCAGGUGGACUCGCCACUUCCGGAGCCCCAGAUGAAGGAGAACAAACCAUCCUGAACCCUCAUGAGGCUCAGUCCUGCGGGGUCUCCAGGCCCCCGGACACUCUGCGUGCACACCUGGACCUUGCUGGGAAAGCCACCACCCAUACCAAGGGCCUCGUGUCAGCUGAGGUGACAUUCACCCAAGGGGCCGCCCUGGGCAAGGAGGAUGACGUAGGGCCUGGGGCCACCACUUGCGGCCAGGAAGGAGCCCGGGGCUUUGCAACACUCCGGGACGAGCUGGAGGAGCUGGGGGAGAUCUUCCAGCCCAUGAGCGCCGAGGAACAAGCUCAGCUGGCUGCCUCCCAGCCCCGGCUGAGGGAGUCCACGGCCGACCAAAGCAGCUACUUCGUGCGUCUGGGCGACUUGGACCCCAGCUUCCGCCAGCGGGCUUUCGAGCACGCCCUGAGCCACCUGCAGCAAGGCCAGUUCCAGGCCCUGGACGUGCUGGCCCAGCUCGAGGACGCCUUCUGGCUGAUUGAGGAGGCCCAGCAGGCUCCAGACCAGCAGCCGUGGCCGGACCAGGAUCUGAGCAGCCAAGCCGGCGCCCGAGAGGUGCCAGCCGCCGGGGCUCUGUCCAGGGUCUGCAGCCUUGUCCAGCAGCUCCAUGUCGCCUACAGCAGCCUGGCCUCCGGCCUCCAGGGCCUCCCCGCCGAGCUCCGGUGGCAGCUCAGGCAGGCGCGGCACAGCCUCUGCGAGCUCCACAGUGUCGUCUCCUGUGCCACCUCCGUGGCGGAGCUGCCGGCCGAGCGCCUGGCCCAGAGCCGCCAGGGCGUGCGCCAGGCGUGGCAGGGGCUGGAGCAGCUGCUGGAGAGCAUGCAGCACAGCCCUCCGCCCAGCUGGCUGGUGGGGCCCUUCACCCUGCACCCCGAUGGGCAGCAGCUGUAGGAGCCCCUCCCCCGCCCGAAACCAGCCCCAACCCCCGGAAGCUCCGGGCCCUGCCGGCUGGCGCCCCACCUUUCUCCCAGAGCACAGCUGGCCCCUUUGGCCGAGGAGCCCGGGGCGGCUAAGACCCUCGACGGCGGCGGGGGGGCCCGGGCUUCGCCUGAAGAUCUCAAGCAAGCGCUUCAUUUAGGAACAAGAAGGGGAAUCGUGCCUGUCUUGAAGGUUCUCCACUCAGCACCCCCAGUAGGGCCCUUUUAUCUUUUACCUCUGGGGGGGUCUUCCACCCCGGCCUGGGCCCUCUAGCUAUACCAGCUUGGCAGGCGGCCCCGCUCCUCCAUCCUGGGCUCCAGGCAGCUCCGUCCUCGCUCUGAAAGCCUACGCCCCUCAGCAAACAGCGCAUGCCAGAAGGUACCAGAACGCCACCAUCAUCCUGAGGCAGGUAGGCCCCCACCGCCUCUGCCGACCCCCGGCCUGGCCCAGGGGCUUCAUGAAGGCAAAGCCGCAGCAGCCACUGACAGCUGAGGACCGGCCUGUCCGGGCGGGGGUGGGGUGAGUACGCAUCCCUUCCUGCUGCAGCCCACUCACCCGGCAGCGCCCCCUGGUCGUGGGUGAUCACAAGGAUCCCACAGAUGAU